AUGUCUAAAGAAAAGGGUCUUAAGAAGCUCUUUCAUCCUUUCGACCACCGCCUUUCGGAAAAGGUCGAGGAAAUUGAACAAAAGCUCGAGCACACCAAGCUGCGCGGUGCCCAUAUCAAAGCUGUACACCUCAAGCACAAGGUUGGAAAGUUUGGCAACCUCUUCAACACCAACCAUCGCCAUGACGAGGAUCACGAAAAAGCAACCGACGCCAAGAGGAGCAAGAUCGCCGAGAGCCAUCGCUUCAACAGCUUUGCCCCCGAAAGAGACGGCAAUCUGGUCAAAUGGUACGUCGAUGGUCGAGACUACUUCUGGGCCGUUGCCGAGGCUUUGGAAAAGGCCCAGGAGACCAUCUACAUUGCGGAUUGGUGGCUCAGCCCAGAGCUGUUCUUGAAGCGCCCGCCCUACUACAAUCAGCAAUCCAGGUUGGAUCAAAUUCUCAAGCGACGCGCCCAGGCUGGCGUCAAGAUUUAUAUUUCCGUGUACAAGGAGGUUUCUGCUGCUCUUACUUGCAACAGUCAGCAUACCAAAAAGGCCCUCAUGGGCCUUAUCAAAGAGGGUGAGCCUGGUUACGGGAACAUCAGGGUAAUGCGACACCCUGACCAUAAUGUGUUUGAAAAUGCCGCAGACAUGACAUUCUACUGGGCUCAUCACGAGAAGUUCAUUGUCAUUGAUUAUGCCAUGGCCUUUAUCGGUGGACUGGAUCUGUGCUACGGCCGAUGGGAUGAGAAGCAGCAUCCCCUGUCUGACGCACAUCCCUCCGGUGUGCAGAACCAGAUUUUCCCCGGCCAAGACUACAACAAUAACCGUAUUAUGGAUUUCGAGAGUGUUGACGACUGGAAAUCAAACAAGCUGGACAAGCUCGAGUAUGGUCGCAUGCCAUGGCACGACGUCGCCAUGGGAAUCAUAGGCCCGGCAAUCUACGACAUUGCCGAACACUUUGUCCUGCGAUGGAAUUUUGUGAAGCGUGAAAAGUACAAGCGUGACGAACGAUAUGACUGGCUUACCAUGGAAGGACGUGAAGGUGCUGACGAAGACCUGAUUGGAGUCCAACGGCCUAAGUUCCCCGUUGGUCAUUACAUACAUCAUCCCGUGACGCAGCUCAGCAGCAAGAAUCUCGACAACCGUGGAACUGUACAUGCACAGCUUGUCAGGAGUAGCGCGGACUGGAGCAUGGGCAUCGAGCCUCAUGAACAAAGCAUUCAGAACGCCUAUUGCGAGCUGAUCCGGAACGCCCAGCAUUACGUGUACAUUGAGAACCAGUUCUUCAUUACUGCGACUACCAAACAUGACGAGAAUCCAGUUCACAACCAGAUUGGAGGUGCCAUGGUCGAUGCAAUUCUGAAGGCUGCCAAGGAAGAACGGAACUUCAGGAUCAUUAUCGUCAUCCCGGCUAUCCCCGGUUUCGCGGGAGAUUUGCGGGAUCAGGCUGCGGCUGGAACGCGAGCUAUUAUGGACUACCAAUUCAAGAGUAUCUGCAGAGGCGACGAGAGCAUCUUUGGCAGGAUCAAGGCUGCCGGUGUCGACCCUGAAAAGUACAUUUUCUUCUUCAACCUCCGCUCGUAUGAUCGCAUUAAUGUCACGCCCAAGCUCAAGGAGAUGGAGAAGAAGUCUGGUAUGACAUACAUGGAGAUGGAGACUGCCGAAAUUGACGAGCUUGAAGCGCCACCAGAAGAGGGUGGAGAUGAAAAGCGACGACUAGCAGCAGAGAUGAGGAAGAGAUAUAUGGACGAGGAUGACAAACUUGGAAAGGGUGACCAGGGCGGAGUGAUUGACCCAGAUUCCAUCGCCGACGACGCCAUGCUCACUGAGAAGAAGCCCAGCGAUGAGGCCUGGGAAGGUGAGACCGAAGACGAAAAACAAUAUUUCUUCCAAGAAGAACUCUACGUCCACGCCAAAAUCUGCAUCAUCGACGACAAAACCGUCAUCUGCGGCUCCUCCAACAUCAACGACCGCUCACAGCUCGGCUUCCACGACUCCGAACUCUCCAUCGUCCUCCAAGACACGGACCUAAUCGACACCACUCUUGACGGCAAACCCUACAAAGCUGCCCGCCUCGCCCACGACCUCCGCAGCUCCCUCUGGCGCGAACACCUCGGCCUCCUGCCCCCACAAAGUCUCAACGCCACCGACGAUCCCAACGCCCAGCCACCCGGCGAGCACUCCCCCAACGACACCAUGCCGGGUCCCGAAGCCGACUUCGUCUCGGACCCCCUGAGCCCCAAACUCUGGGACGAAUGGUGCACCCGCGCCUCAACCAACACAUCCGUCUUCCGCGAUUUGUUUCAUGCGGACCCUGACGACAAUAUUCUUACCUUUGAAGACUACGACGAGUUUACUCCCAACCCCAAUUCUGACAAAAAACACAAACAAGGGCAUCUUUAUGAUGUUGACCGCCCGGCCCAGGAGGUCAGGAAGGAGUUGGAUCGCAUCAAGGGCCAUCUGGUGUGGAUGCAGCUCAAGUUUCUCGAAAAGGCAGAUAUGGCGGAGCGCGGGUUACAGGUGAAUUCUUUUACCGAGAGUGUCUAUACUUGA